CCUCAGAGAACUUCGUACACCCGAAGGGCCCGGAGCCCUGGCCGAGCCCUCGCCCCGCCGGAUUAAUGCCCUUUCCUCAGCGAGUCUCCAUCCGGAUGCCUCCCACGGCCAGGCCGGGCCCAGGGGAGGAGAUGUGCUUGGCCAGGUCCUGCCGGCCCAAGGCUGUGUGGUGGGGCCCCUGCCCCUGGGCCUACGGGAAGAUGCGGCCCCCAGCGGUGCAGGAGUUCCCCGAGGGCCUCAGGAUAAACCUGGGUCCCCUCCGGGAGUCCUGGCGGGUCUGCACCGGGAACCGGAAGAAGCUGUGGCUGGAGCAACGCCCCCCCAUCCUGAUCGACCUGGACUACCCCGGCCCCACCACGUACCAGGUGCCCGAUGCUUCGGUGCGCGAAUCCUCCCCGCACCCCCACUUCAGCAUCGGCCGCAAGCGCCCCGCCCGCGAGGCCGCUGGCCGCGGGGCGUGGCAGACGGUGUGGUUCCAGAGUGAGAGGCCCUUCAGGCAGAAGGCCGACUUCAGCCGCAAGCAGAAGUUGCCACCGCUGGCGGACUACCCUCAGCUCUGCGGUCACGCCUUCCCAGCCAUCAGCUUCGUGGGCCGCCGCCCUGUCCCGAAGGCCGCUCAGUCGCGCGCGCCUCUGGGGCUGCUGCGGGCCCGGGGUGCAGGUCGCAGUGCCCGGCCCCCGUGGCAGGACCCUCUGCCGCCCCCGGGCGAGAAGCGCCCCAGCCCCAACACCUACGACAUCCUCCCCGGGUGCCGCCUGCAGAGCCUGCGCCCGCCCGCCUUCUCCAUGAGCCGCUCGCGCGCGUUCGCCUCCUGGGUUAACUGCUCCCGCAGCCCCGGCCCCGCCGCUUACCACGUGGAGGAUUGCUAUAACGCGCGCUUCCCCGCGGCGCCCGGAGUGGUCAUCCAGGGCGUGCGAAGGCCCAAGCGCCAUGACACAGGCCCCUUCUGCACGCUGUAGCGCCCCCUGGACACAGCCGGCCGGCCAGUUACCCCAUGGACCCGCCUCCCCCCAGCCUGGGCUUCUAACCCUCUGGGCACCUCUGACCCCCCUUCCUGGCCGGCCAACCCUUCUGUGCGCUGUGGACAAGGAGGGCCAAAGCCCCCACCGCCCACCAGGCUACAUAGAAAUGCUGUCGGUUCUUACGGA